AUGGAAAGCAAUUCGACCGAGAGAUACAUAUUCAAACCUAACUUUUUGGGGGAAGGUUCGUACGGAAAAGUGUACAAAGCAUAUGACAACGUGUUGAAGAAAGAGGUAGCUAUUAAGAAAAUGAAAAUUAAUAAAAUUAGUAAUUAUGUGGAUGAAUGCGGUAUAAACUUUGUAUUGUUAAGAGAAAUAAAAAUAAUGAAAGAAAUAAAACAUAAGAAUAUUAUGACUGCUUUAGAUUUAUAUUGUGAAAAAGAUUAUAUAAAUUUAGUCAUGGAGAUAAUGGACUAUGAUUUAGCUAAAAUAAUUAAUCGUAAAAUAUUAUUAACAGAUAGCCAAAAAAAAUGUAUUCUGCUACAAAUUUUAAAUGGGUUAAAUGUAUUACAUAAAUAUUAUUUUAUGCACAGAGAUUUAUGUCCAGCUAAUAUAUUUAUAAACAAGAAAGGAGAAGUGAAAAUUGCAGAUUUUGGGUUAUCAUCAAAGUAUGGCUUUGAUAUGUAUUCAGAUAAAUUAUCAAAAGAUAAUAAAUACAAUAAAAAAACUUUAAAUUUUACUAGUAAGGUGGUAACGUUAUGGUAUAGGGCCCCAGAAUUACUUAUGGGAAGCAGUAAAUAUAAUUCCUCCAUUGAUAUGUGGAGUCUUGGAUGUAUUUUUGCUGAACUUUUAUUGCAAAAAGCAUUAUUUCCGGGAGAAAAUGAAAUAGAUCAAUUAGGAAAAAUAUUUUUUUUAUUAGGUACACCCAAUGAAAGCAAUUGGCCUGAGGCUGUAUACCUUCCACUGUAUACAGAUUUUACAAAAUCAAGUAAAAAAGAUUUUAAGAAUAUUUUUAGAGUUGAAGACGAUGACUGUAUUGAUUUAUUAAUGUCUUUGUUAAAAUUAAAUUCUCAUGAACGUAUUACUGCUGAAGAUGCUUUAAAACACAAAUAUUUUUUUAAUGAUCCUUUACCAUGUGAUAUAUCACAGCUUCCCUUUAGUGAUUUGUAA